AUAUAAUUUUUCAUUCGUUGUUGAACCGUUUUCGGGUGAAGUGUGUUGCUCAAAUUUACUCUCGCAACUUUAAACGCAUAUAUAUAUAUAUGUGUGUGUAUAACAUAUCUGUGAGUGCGUGUGUCUUUCAUAUACUAUUUUACAAAUCGCCAAUUAUAGCAAUUGUGGUAAAAUUAGUAUAACUACAAUUACAGUUAGAACCACCAAGUGUUUAGUAGCGAUUAUAACUAGUAAUAGCGGCAAACAUUGUAGGCACAACAACAACAACGACAUAAAAACGCAAUUAAAUGCAGUGAAAAUUCCAAUUUUAUUGUGAGAUUUUUUCGCAGCAAGUGGAAAGUGUGAAAAGCUAACUAUUGCAAGAGUACGAGCAAAGAUAAAGAAAAAAUAUAUAAUAAUUAAAUUUUGAAACGAUUUUUGUGCAUGUUUUAUCAACGUUAUUAUACGGAAAGUGAGAAAAUCGUGUGUAAAGCAAUAAACGAAAUGGCACCCCGCCAAGUUCAUCCAAUACUGUAUUACAGUAAUAAAAGCGCUAGGACACGUCCAGAGCGUCCGACUGGCGGUGUGCGUAGAAACCUCUUCGGUCCACCCGAUCAAAAUGAAAUGGCGCGUAAUUUCGACAUUGAAAAUGCCCGUCAACUGAAACGUUUGAAUAAUUAUAAAAUCAUUGGUACAAUUGAGCCAAGUAGUAAUGUACGACCGCUACCCGAACUUAUUGCCAAGGAAGUGGAGGAGGCGUGUAAAAAAGAAAAUAAAAAAAUCGAAAAUGAAACUGAAAAUGAUAAGCCUGAACAAAAAAAGCGUAGUGACGACGAUGAUGAUGCGUUGACCAUGCGGCAGAGGCAGAUUGAGAAAACACCAACGCUCCACACCGUACGUGCCAACACCAAAACGGCCAACGAAGCGGCACGUUACAAACCCUACACUACGCAAACGCUAAUAACUGAUGUGAUGCCGAAGCGAAAAGCCAUACCACCGCCUUAGAUGCUGAUAAAUAAAGUUUUUGAUGGAUGUGAUAAUGCGGGUUAUGUACUAAGCGUUUGCUGCUGCAGCUGACGGGGAGAGCACAUUGAUUUGACUACUGUGAAAAUUUAAACAAAAACAAAAACACAAAAUGAUAAUUACACACCAGGCGCUUAUGAGCUGCGUGCAGCUUGAGACGCCAAUUGCCAAAUUAGUGAAAUUCAUAAGAAGCGAUUUUUUUUUUAUUUAAUUUUUUAAUUAUUGAUUUUUUUCUAAUUAAUUUUUUUAAUUAAAAAUUUUUUAAGUUGUUUUUUUUUAUUUUUUAAUAGUUUUUUUUAUUAAAAAUUAUUUGUAAUUUUUUUUUAAGUUUUUAAAAUAUUUAAACAAAUUUGAAAAAAUAUAUCAAAAAAAUUUAAAAAUAAAUUUUAAUAAAAUUAUUAACAAAAAAAUUUUUAAUUAUUCUUAUUAUUAAACAAUUUAAAAUAAUUUUAUUUUUAUGUUUUUUUAUAUUUUUUUUUAUUAAACUUUAUUUUUACAUUUUUUUUGAUAUAUUUUUUAAAUAAUUUAAAAUUUUUUCUAUUAAUUUUUUAUUAUUUAGUUUUUAAUUAUAUUUUUUUGUGUGAAAGAUCUACUCUCGUUGCUGCUAAAAAAAGUCAAAGUGGCGUGGCGUGUUAAGUUUAAAAAAUAUAUACAUACUUAUAUAUGUAGUAUAUGAAGCAGCGAAAUUGUAUGUAGAGUGGCUGGCCAGUGCAAUUUUAUAUUUUUUUAUUUUUUUUUUAAUUUAUUUUAUUUGACGAGCAUUUAAGUUUUCACUACUCCCCAUAUCAUCACGUCAAUCGUUCAACUUGUUGGCCUGUGUUAAUAACCAAAACAUUCAUACAAAAAAAAAAGAAACAAAAACAAAAAACUUUGGAAUGAUCUCAAUUUAGCAAUGUUGUAGUGUGUGUAUAAGAGUAUUAUUUUUCCUCUUUAUAAAAAAAGAAAUAUAUAUAAAAUUACCAAAAAACAUAACACACAUUACAUAAUAUAAAAACUAAUUAUUUUAAUUGAAUGUACAUCGAAUUUGUAUUUUUAAUGUGAGUUGAAAAUGAUUACAAAAUUUUUAAACAAAUUAAAUUAAUUAUUUUAAUUUACGCACAUUUCAACAAUUCAUAGAACUACAAAAGCAAGCAAAACUACAACUCAAGCAAAAAAUAAUAACAAAAAAAUUUACUAAAAAGUAUAAAAAUAAAUUAAAUGUGUAAAAAUAUUCAACAAACAAUUUUGUAAGCAAAUUAAAAAAAAAAAAAAUAUGUAAUAAAAACUGCACCGUUAGGAGUUAUGGUUAAAUGCAUGCAAAAGUUGAUUUUAAGAAAUUUCAAAAAAAAAAUGCAUAUAAAGUGCUAAAAGACUAAAAUCAUGCUUUGAAGAAAAAAUCUAAAAUUUUAUGCAAAACAAAAAAUAAUUAGAAAAAAUUAAAAUGUUUUUUAUUAAAAAAAAAUAAAAUUUUUAUAAUUAUAAAGAAAAUAAAAUUUGUGCUUGUUAUAUAACCAUAAUCUCUCGCUGGCGCAGUGGCAUUUGUUGGUGUUGUAUUGAAUGCACUGAAGCAUAUGCGCAAAGGCAAUAGUCGAAAGUAGUGAGUUUUAACUUUUAAAUACAAAAGCAAAGAGCAACAACAGUAACCAUAACAAUAACGGAACCAAUCUUUGCAACCUUUUCUAGCAACUUAUUUGAUUAUGUAAUUGUAAUUUAUUUGGUUUGCUGCUAGUGCAUUUUAAGCAUUUCGAACUCUUCAAUUCCCUCAUUCAUUUUAUGAUCGAUCAAUUAUAAAUACUGUUUUAGUUCUUUAGUGACAAUUUUUUUCGCUUAAGAUAUACAUAUAUAUAUAUAUUUAAUUAAAUUUAAUUUUAAAUUGUUUUAUUUAAUUUUUAAAAAUAAUAAAAAUAUUUUUGUUUUGUUGAUUUGUACAUAGUAGAUACAACAAACUAUGCUAUGUAGUAGUAUUAGUAUGUAGAAUGUGUGUUUUGUGUAUGCACUUGAGCUGAUCGUUUGUGCUUCAGUGUUUUGUGCAAGUGAAACCCAGUAAACAGCUUACAACUGUAGAUAUUCUUAUGUAUGUAAAUUAUGAAGAAACAAAAAUAAUAUAUAAUUGUAAUUAUUUGAUUAUCAGUGUGAGAAAAAUUGUAAAAAUUACUUAAGCGUAUAAUUGUAAUAAAAAAGUAUAUCAAAAUAGUUUUUGUUAUUGGCAAAUGAACAAUUUAAUAAAAUAUAUACUUGAAAGAAAAAUUAA